AUGCGCUACCCUCACUGCCCGGCACAUGGAGCCCAAUUGACUCACUGUAAGUUCUCAGAGAGAGGCCAUGCAUCUCUGUCCUCAGCUCUCAGCUCCCAGUCCUCUAGUCUGAGAGAGCUGGACCUGAGUAACUCUGACCUGCAGGAUUCAGGAGUGAAGCUUCUGUCUGCUGGAGUGAAGAGUCCACACUGUAAAAUGGAAACUCUCAGUCUGUCAGGCUGUCUGAUCACAAAGGAAGGCUGUACUUCUCUGGCCUCAGCUCUGAGCUCCAACCCCUCCCAUCUGAGAGAGCUGGACCUGAGCUACAAUCAUCCAGGAGACUCAGGAAAGAAGCUGCUGUCGGCUGGACUGAAGGAACCAGGCUGGAGACUGGACACUCUCAGGUAUGGAGAGAAUGAUGAAACAAGGAUCACUAACUCCUCACAUCGUUAUUCCUGUCAACUCACAAUCGACACAAACACAGUACACACAAACCUCCAACUGUCUGACAACAACAGGAAGGUGACAAAUGUGGAGGAGGUUCAGUCAUAUCCUGAUCAUCCAGACAGAUUUGUUUCCAGUUAUCAGCUGCUGUGUAGAAAUGGUCUGACUGGUCGUUGUUACUGGGAGGUCGAGUGGAGAGGACAUGUUUAUAUAUCAGUGAGUUACAGAAGCAUCAGAAGGAAAGGAGGCAGUGAUGACUGUGUGUUUGGAUACAAUGAUCAGUCCUGGAGUCUUUACUGCUCUGAUGAUGGUCCUCGUUCUGUCAGGCACAAUAAGAUUAAAACAUCCAUCUCCUCCUCCUCCUCCUCCUCCUCCUCCUCUGUCUCUAACAGAGCAGCAGUGUAUGUGGACUGUCCUGCUGGCACUCUGUCCUUCUACAGAGUCUCCUCUGACACUCUGAUCCACCUCCACACCUUCAAGACCACAUUCACUCAAACUCUUUAUCCUGGGUUUAGAGUCUAUCCUGGUUCCUCAUUGACAGGUAACCCUAUUGGAGUGGCCAUAGUGACGGGUGGCGUCUCAGCUUCAGUGUGUUGA